UCUCUCUCUCUCUUCCACAUAACAGCUUUCGACAGGGGAAACGCCUCAUAUAUAUCAUUUUCCAGAAAGCUAGUUAUGGCUAUAGAGAUUGAGCAACCUUCUUCUGUUGAGCUGUCAAAAGUUGCAGUUUCUGAAACUCAUGGAGAAGACUCUCCAUAUUUUGCUGGCUGGAAAGCUUACGAUGAAGACCCUUAUCAAGAAUCAAAUAACCCAUCAGGAGUCAUACAGAUGGGACUGGCUGAAAAUCAAGUUUCAUUCGAUUUGCUAGAAGAGUACUCGGAACAACAUUCAGAAGCAUUCACAUGGGGGAAGGGAGCACCUGGCUUUAGAGAAAAUGCCUUGUUUCAAGAUUAUCAUGGACUUCAAUCUUUCAGGGAGGCGAUGGCAAGUUUCAUGGAACAAAUAAGAGGCGGAAGGGCAAAAUUUGAUUCUGAUAGAGUUGUCCUAACCGCCGGUGCUACUGCGGCCAAUGAGCUAUUAACCUUCAUUUUAGCUGAUCCUGGUGAUGCCUUGCUGGUUCCAACUCCAUACUAUCCAGGAUUUGACAGAGAUUUAAGGUGGAGGACUGGUGUGAAAAUUGUCCCAAUCCAUUGUGACAGCUCAAACAAUUUCCAAAUUACUCCUCAAGCAUUAGAAGCUGCGUAUAAAGAAGCAGAAGCCAUGAACAAAAAAGUUAGAGCUGUUCUGAUAACCAACCCAUCAAACCCGUUAGGUGCGACGAUCCAAAGGUCAGUUCUAGAAGAGAUUCUUGAUUUUGUAACCCACAAAAACAUCCAUCUCGUCUCAGAUGAAAUCUACUCCGGAUCAGCUUUUUCCUCGUCCGAAUUCAUAAGCAUUGCGGAAAUUCUUGAAUCACGUAAAUACAAAAAUUCUGAAAGAGUUCAUAUUGUUUAUAGUCUUUCUAAAGAUCUUGGCCUCCCAGGUUUUAGAGUUGGAACGAUAUAUUCGUACAACGAUAAAGUUGUUACUACAGCAAGGAGGAUGUCGAGCUUCACUCUUAUUUCCUCUCAAACACAACAUCUCUUAGCUUCAAUGUUGUCUAACAAGAAAUUCACAGAGAAUUAUAUCAAGACAAACAGGGAGAGACUGAGGAAGAGAUACGAAAUGAUCAUUCAAGGAUUGAAGAACGCCGGGAUUGAGUGUUUGAAAGGUAAUGCUGGGCUAUUUUGCUGGAUGAAUUUAAGCCCAUUGUUGGAGGAACAAACAAGAGAAGGUGAAUUGGCUCUUUGGGAUUCUAUGCUGCAUGAAGUGAAGCUAAAUAUAUCACCAGGAUCUUCUUGCCAUUGUUCUGAACCAGGAUGGUUCAGGGUGUGCUUUGCGAACAUGAGUGAGCAGACACUGGAAAUUGCUUUGAAAAGAAUACAUGAUUUCAUGCAACAAAGAGAGAGACAAAGAAAGCCAAUAUCUUCUCAGUAAAAUAUAUAUGUAUCUUUUACUUCCUACUUUUUUUGGGUUUAUUCACCCAUUUUGAUUCUUUGCAACCCAUCUGAUAAAAAUAGGGUUUGUAUCAAUAUACUGUAAAUCAGAUUGAAUCAAAAAAAUAUUUUUGUUUGCUUACUUCUGGUUAAGCAAGUUCCUAGAAAUUCCAUUUGUGAAAGUGAAGUACAAUUGCUUGUAGUUUUCUUCGUGACAAUUAAUUAAAGUAUUUUAUUAUGUCUU